UGCUUUUAUUAUAGAAAUGGUUUUAUUUUAAUUUCAAAAAUUAUUUUAUUUAAAACUCUAAUAUUAGGUCAUAUUAAACAUAAGUUUACCAAAAUGGAUUUAAAUUCGGAAUUAAUUGAUGGAGUUUGUUUAUUAUUAGAAAAAGCAUUGGAGAAUAACUCCAAAGAUAAAGAAGCAGGUUCUUCGGUAACUAUAUCUCCCACUUUAGCAGAAAAUACAAAUCCAACAUACAAAAUUAUACCGAAAUUUUAUCACAAAGUUCCAAAAAGUGGCGAUAGUCUUGCACAAAAACUUCGGGAAGAAGCACGGUCAUUGUUUUUACAAAAAAGAACUAAAGAACUUCUAGAUAACGACGAAUUAAAAGCUUUAUGGGUAAUUCUAGAGAAGCAUCAUACCGUGUUAUCGCCCACAGGUGAACAAUUAAUUGGAUAUGAUGACUACUUAAAAGUAAUAGAGAAUUCAGAUAGGAAGUGUCAAAAGUUCCUUACAGCAUCUCUAUUUGCUCGCCUACAGACUUCAUCAGGUUAUCCUGCUAGGGUAAAUAUAACGUCCAUAUUUAAUUAUAUUAUGAAAAAAGUUUGGAUGCAACAAACUCGUAUUGGACUGUCUUUAUACGAUUACACAGGCCUUGGCUUUUUGCGAGAAACAGAUUUGGAAAGUUACAUACAGGAAUUAAUACCUACUUUACCCCAACUAGAAGGUUUGGAAAAUUCUUUCCACAGUUUUUAUGUAUGCACAGCUGUUAGAAAAUUUUUCUUUUUUUUGGAUCCUCUACGAACCGGAAAAAUUCGCAUACGAGACAUCUUAGCGAGCGGGUUCCUCGAUGAUUUGCUUGAAUUGCGCGAUGAGGAAAAUCCUAAGGACAAUCAUUAUCAAGAUAAAAAUUGGUUUUCCGCUACGUCAGCACUCACAGUUUAUGGUCACUAUUUAAAUUUGGAUAAGGAUCAUAACGGUAUGUUAAGCAAAGAAGAAUUAAAACAUUUUGGUUCGGGGACAUUAACUACAGUAUUUUUGGAUCGUGUUUUCGCUGAAUGUCUAACUUACGAUAAUGAAAUGGAUUAUAAAACUUAUUUAGAUUUCGUUCUUGCUUUAGAAAAUCGGCAUGAACCUCAAAGUUUACAUUAUUUAUUUAGAAUUUUAGAUGUUGAACAUCAAGGAUAUUUAACGGCGUUUACCUUACAGUAUUUUUUUAAAGGAAUUCAGGAACAGAUCAUUGCACAUAAGUCUGAGCAAGUGAAUUUUGAAGACGUUAAAGAUGAAAUAUUCGAUAUGGUAAAAUCAGUUGAUCCCACUAAAAUUACAUUGAAAGAUUUAAUAAAUUGCGGACAAGCAGAAACUAUAGUGUCCAUACUAAUUGAAUUUCAUAAAUUUUGGGCUUAUGAAAAUCGUGAGGCAAUUGUAAUUGAAACCAAUCCCGACGAAACGCCACAAAAUGUUUGAUAAGAACUUAGUUUUAAUUUUUAACUUUUUACAUUCCACGCAAAUUUUAUACUGUUUUUACAAAUUUUUACAAACUCAAUAAAAUUUUUUGAA